AGAUGCUAAAAUAUCACGUGGGUUAAAUGUCACCAGCUGGAGGCGUCACGUGGUAGCAAGUUCAGUGGAGCCGGAAGUGACUUUGAACUGAACGUAAAGAAGAUGGAAUAAGCCGAAGACGAUGGCUACAAGGAUCUUCUACAGAAAUACCCUAAGCCAGUGCAAUAUUUAGCGAACAGAAGCCUUGGCGUGAGGUAUCAGGUAUAAUGGAAGGACUGUUGAGGUUCAAAACGCAUCUUGAAAAUUCCAUAAAUACGGACGAUCUGGAGUACUAUUUCAAUGAAAAUGGUGAGCUGAGGCACAUGCUUACAAAAAAACCAUUUGUCUAUAAUUAUUACAAGAAGGAAUAUGAGAGGAACCAUAAACGUUAUAAAAUGCUUGGAGAUUUGAUAACCCUUUAUGUCUAUGAACUUCUUGAAAAAGAAUGCAAUCUUGAAAGGAUUCCCAUUCCGAUUGAUGCUAAAGAAGAAGAACCAAAGUCAUUUUUCUUUAUGAGUAAGGAAGGCUUGAGUGUGCCGACAAGCCUACUUGUCCUUCUUCAAGACAAAGGUGUUAUUCGAGCUGGGCAGUGGGGGCAAAAGGUUAUCUUUCACCAUUCUCUAGAAAAGGGAACACAAAUCCCAUAUAUUAACACUGCACUGAGGGAGUAUGGGGCUUUGAUUAUCUUAAAUCCAAAUGACAAUUUUGUUGAAAUGAAAGAAGAACCUCACUUGAUUAUUAAAAAGGAAGAAGAUAUAUCUAUGUCUUUACCCUGUGAUGGGAGUGAUUUGCUUAGAACAGGCAGAAAGAUGCUUAUCCCUAAAAGAUGUUGUAGUUCUCCAGAAGAGCAUACUGGUUAUGUUUGGGACAAUUUCAUUUCAACAAGUGCAGCUACGAAUGUGGCUUUUAUUGCACAUGGCUAUGGGGGGCUAGUCUUCCUUGAUCUUUUGUGCAAGAAAAGAAAAGAGGUUAUGAGCAAAGUGUGUGCAGUAGCAUUCAUAGACUCGAGACACCAUUCUCAACAUCAGGCCAGGACUGAUCCUGAAAUACAGAGCUGGAUGCACGCAAACUGCCGAAGCUGGGUGCUUAGCACCAAACCAUUAGAUAGACCUACUGGGUCCUUACUGAAACUUGACUGCCCCAAGGUGUCUGCUGGAACAGAAAACCAUGAACUUGCACCCUAUAAAAGCCUCUCAUCUGUCUUCAGAUUCCUUACCAGGUCCUCAAAAAACCGAAGAAGUUCAACACUCCCAUCACGAACAAUCCAAACUACUCCUUACAAAAAGAAAUUAAAAUAAUUUCUACAAACUGAUAUGACCAUCUGCAAAGUUGAAUUAAUUCCUGCAGGCAUGGAUUUAAGUGCUCUAAAAAGAAAAAAUUGUGCAAAAUCCAUAGAAAUUACAUGAAAUUGCAGAAUUUAAACAAUGUAAAUUGUUUGUGCUCUUUAAAAAAUUACAAUGUAUCUAAGCAUGGA